AACGAAAUAACGAAGUUAACAGCACAAAGAAAAAGUACCAAGUCACGAAAACUGAACAGAACGGAAGAGGAGUUUUUUUUUUUUUUUUGCCCUAUCUUCAAAACUUAGCUCCAAACUAACAAAAUUCACCUCCUUUGAUUCAAAUUCUUCAUACAAUGUUCUACAGAGGUAAAUAUGCUGAUGGUGGCGAUGGGCGUGAAAUGGCUGCAAAGCGUCAGCGGACUGUAGAUCCGGGAUCUUCAUUCUAUGGUACUUCCCCCGGUUCCAGUUUUAUGUACAAUCCAACUCCAUAUGGAUAUGUCAGCCAACCACCACCUCCUCCACCUUUUCCCGUUGUUCGAUUGCGUGGCCUCCCAUUUGAUUGCACUGAAACUGAUGUGGCCGAGUUCUUCCAUGGCCUUGACAUAGUUGAUGUUCUUUUUGUUCACAAAGGUGGAAAGUUCACUGGUGAAGCCUUCUGCGUUCUGGGUUAUCCUCUUCAAGUCGACUUUGCUCUUCAAAGAAACAGGCAGAACAUAGGUAGAAGAUAUGUCGAGGUUUUCAGAAGCAAGAGGCAGGAAUACUACAAGGCAAUUGCAAAUGAGGUUUCAGAUACUCGAGGUAGUUCACCCCGUCGAAGUGCACCUCGGGCUAAAUCAUACGAUGAUGGAAAAGACUCAGCUGAGCAUACCGGGGUGUUGCGGCUGAGGGGAUUGCCAUUUUCUGCUAGCAAGGAUGACAUAAUGGACUUCUUCAAGGAUUUUGUGCUGUCCGAAGAUUCUGUUCAUAUUGUAAUGAACUCCGAAGGCAGGCCAUCCGGGGAGGCUUACGUCGAAUUCACAAAUGCCGAAGAUUCUAAAGCGGCAAUGGCAAAGGAUAGGAUGACACUCGGAAGUCGCUACAUAGAGUUAUUUCCUUCAUCACACGGUGAGAUGGAAGAUGCAGUUUCAAGAGGACGGUGAUUCCCUUGGUUGACUCUCUCCCUUUCUCCUUUGUAGUUGUAACUGUUAGCUUGAGCUUUUAUAUGAUUUAAGAUUUUGCUUCAAUAGACAUUGCUUUACUAUAUUUGUUUUAGGAUAUAUAUAGAUAUGCUUUUCAAUAUGCUGAUUAAAAUAUGAGCAUUUGCCUGGAUUGUGAAUUAUGUGGAUUAUUUUUCUGGUCACCUGCCACCAGAUUCUUGUGACUAGUUCGGUUUAGUCUGCAUAGAAGCUUUGAAAUUGGAUUGUAGAUGGUAAAAUUUAGUCAUUUUAAAGGCCGACUUUGGAAA